AUGCGUAGCACGAUGCGGCAGCUUCUCGGUGGCAAGAAAAGCCAGAAAACCACCAACGAAGAGAAUCGUCCCUCAAGUACUGAUCUCCCUCCAAACACUGAUCAUGUUGCCUACAAUAUGAGGAACCACCGAAAUGGAAACACGACUGGGAACGAAAUCAAUCACAACACAGGGCAUGAUAUGGGCAUUGUCCCCUCGGACAGGACCAACGGAGAAGGUAGAUUGCUUGGAAAUGGUUAUAAUAGCACUACAUCCAGAAAUGGAAUACCAAACAAUCACAGCAAUGGGCUCGGCAACGGACUAGUGAAUGAUUAUGGUCAAAGAUUCGAGCAAAGUGUUAAAAGUACCUCAACUCAUGCACUAGGAAACGGGAAUGGAAAUGGAUAUGGGAAUGGAAAUCCUCCUAUCAACCGCAGUCUUGGUGUUGGUAACAACCACGGGAAUCCUAAUCACAACAAUCUCUACAGUAUGAGAAACCCCCGUGACGAUCAUGAAGUUCUCAAUGUCCUGAACAAAGACUGGAAUGAGAACCAUUCGGCAAAAUCAUUCACCAACCCUUCCAACGGGGUAGUGGCUCGAUUCGACGGCGUCAUCCCAAUUCCAAACAACACACGCUCAAUGCAAACGCGCUCACGCGCCAUGUCGGGAAUCAGUUCUCAACCUUCCUAUUCUAGUCCAAACAGAGGUGAGAACCGAAAGGUGACUGAGAGGUCUCGAUUUAUCUCUCAAGCUCCCGCAAGUCCGCCCAGGGUCCUUACAGGUGCUGUUGGUGAGUACGCCUCACCUAAUUACCUGAAGUGCGAGAACGAACCAAUUCGGACUCCCGGCGCCAUUCAAAGUGUAGGCGCUCUAAUUGAUGAUGCUAAUCCACCCAAAGGGCUAAAAUAUAAUGGCGUUGGAGACUUAGAGGUGAGGCUGGCCAGCGAAAACUCGAGAAAAGUAAUCGGCUACGGUCCAGAACAACUUUUUGCGCUAGGCACUUUCUUGGAUGUGCUUAAAGAAGAUGCUCGAGAUGAAAUGAAAGUACAUGUCGACCACUGCCUAAAGAAUGCCCAUAUUACGAAUAUAACAAAUACGAAGCUCGAUUACUUUCACAUCACCAUGACAUUUCCAUAUGAGCCUGAUUAUCACUUAUGGUGUUCAAUGCAUGUGGCGCCAAAUGUUGAAGAUCUUGUAAUCUGCGAAUUUGAAGAAUAUUCUGAUGGAUUCUACCUUAAAGAUGUCGAUGCAGCUAGAGCCUUACCACAGGUUCCAUUUGGUGCGUCUGACUCUGAAAUCUCUGCUGAAGAUUAUAAAAAGUCCACGACACGUGCUAGUAAGCCCCUCAUGCCACUACAAAUCGCACGACAAAGAGAAAAUAAAGUAUUUUCAUCACUUGACAUAUUUAGUUGCCUAUCUGAAGCCCAAAAUCAAAUUACAGAAUGUAACGACGUUCAGGAAGUGCAGGAUGUCGUGGUGGGACUAGUAUCUGAGAUAACUGGAUUCCAUCGUGUUAUGUCAUAUCGUUUUGAUCACCAGAAUAAUGGUUGUGUGGAAUCAGAACUAGUGAACCCUCUGGCUUCUACAGACAUUUUCCGCGGACUAAACUAUCCAGCAUCCGACAUUCCUCCCCAAGCUAGAGAACUUUACAAAGUGAAUCGAAUAAGAAUUCUUUACGACCGUGAUGCCGAGACAUCCAGACUGGUAUGUCGAGAUGACGAGGAUUUCAAAGAACCACUAGACCUCUCCCAUUCAUAUCUCCGCGCAAUGUCACCUGUUCACAGCAAAUACCUUGCGAACAUGGGUGUUAGGUCCAGUAUCUCAAUAUCUCUUGUUAUUGGGGGCAACCUGUGGGCUUUGAUAGCCUGUCAUGGAUAUGGGGAAAAUGGUAUAAAAGUAUCUCUACCCGUCAGAGAAAUAUGUCGCUGCUUAGGAGAAUGUGCCGCAAUUAACAUCCAGCGAUUGCUUACCUUGGAACGUAUACGCACUAGAAAGCUACCUGUCAGCCUACCAUCCAAUCCCAACCCUCCUUCCGGCGAUCUUCUAGCUCUCAUCGACUCCGAUUUUGCAGUAUUGAACAUUGGUAAAAAAGUAAGAGCAAUUGGUCGAAUGGAUCCCUUUCACGAGGCAACGGCUAUUAUCAACUACCUGCAGACGUGCAAAAUUGAUCAUAUCAGUUCCUCGGACAAUAUCAAAGCCGAUUUCCCAGAACUGAGUCAUUCCUUGGAAAUAAACAGUUUGGCAGGAUUACUAAUCAUCCCAUUAAACGGAGGGAAGGAAAAUGAUUUUCUCGUUUUCUUCAGAAAAUGUCAAUUACGACAUGUUAACUGGGCUGGCAACCCCAAUGAGAAAAUAUUUAAAUCUAAGGACGACUAUCUCCAGCCACGGAAAAGCUUCCAAAGAUUUAUUGAGACGGUCACAAACACUAGUAGAAUAUGGACAGAAGAUCAGCUUGACAUGGCAUCAAUCCUUGCCUUGAUCUAUGGCAAGUUUGCUGAGACUUGGAGAUUUAAAGCGGGUUUCUCGAAGGAAAAUGAGGCUGAAAAGGAAACGGAAGUCGCUCCUACUUCCGUUGAUGAUACCUUCAAUCUAAAAGCAGCAGCAACACGUGUUCUUGAAGCAUUAAAGAAAGAAGCUCAGCGAAAAGCACUUGAUCUUACUGUCUCUGUACAUGAUGAAUUGCCAACCACAGUCAUCGGAGAUGCAGAUUGUUUCAAACAGGUCAUGUUAUAUUUUAUUCGCAAUGGAUUCCGAAACUCUCAAAGCUUGAAAGUAGACGUCGUCCUACUACGUGUGCAAGAAGAUACUUCUUACAUUGAACUAAAAGUGCAAGACGCUGGCCCAGGCAUGUCGGAGGCAGAACUAGAUGAAACCUUCCAAGAAUUCGAAAGAGCACAAAGCGAUGAAAAAUGGCCAUUUCCCAGUCAGGGUUCUUCACCAAACCAGAGCGAAAACAACAGGAGUAGUGUAACCCUUUCAGUUGUUGCAACAUUUGUUCGGUCAAUCAAUGGACAAAUUCAGGUGACUAGUGAGCUGGGAAAAGGUACCAUUUUUACGGUCGAGCUUCCAUACAAAUGCGCAAGAGGAUCCGACGGUUCAGCAUCCCGUAAAGCGCGAAGUUACUAUCUACCUCCAUCCGGCCCCCCUAAAGGACCUCCUGUCGUGCCACCCCCCAUAGUGCCAAUGAAGCUAGAUUUGGCUGAAAGAAAAGCAAGGAGUGAGACUUCAACGCCUGUACUAAGCGCUUUUCCUCUGUCACCUGCGAAUCUCCAACCUAUGGAACUAUCACCACGUCCAUCAUCCGGUCCUCAAAUGAGUAUGGCAGUAAAAAGCGAGAGAAGUUCCAUGGCCCACGGUAGCAAUGAGAGUGAUGCUCAACGUCACAGCCAUGUCGAGCCUAAAAUCAACAUAUUGGUGGCAGAUGAUGACCUGAAUAGUCUACGCAUGCUAGAGGAGAAACUCACCCAGAUGGGACACUCAGUUAGUGUCGCUCGUGAUGGGCAAGAAUGUCACGACCGUUUCGCCCUAAAUCCCGCUAAUACAGACGUUAUACUCAUGGAAUUAAAGAUGCCUUAUGUAGAUGGUGUUUUGUCUACCCGCAUGAUCCGUAUUGCUGAGAAAGAAGCAAAACAUCGCGGAACUUCUACUCCUCAAAGUGGACGACAUCGAGUACCGAUCAUUGCAAUGUCUACUCAGCUGGACGAAAAUAGCCGUUUCGAUUAUAUUCAAAGCGGGCUUGAUGGUUGGAUCCUCAAACCCAUCGAUUUUCAACGUUUAGAUGUUGUCCUCCAAGGUCUCUCGGAUCCUAAAAUGCGACACGAAGCUCUAUUUGUUCCAGGCCAACUCAAAAAGGGAGGAUGGUUUUUACCAUGA